AUUGCAAUUGCACCCUCACAUUCUCAAACCCUUUUUAACCAUUUUUUCUUGUUCUAAAUCAACAUGAACAUUCACCUUGGAGAUGAAAAGGAGCAGUGUCAAAAAAAGAGGAAAUCUUGUGAUGAAACCUCUACCAACAUUUACAUGAGAACUUCAAGAAAAAGACUAUGCAGCAACAAAAAUGAAGAAGAUAGAAACAACAACGACAACAACAAGGGAUCGGUCUCUACAACGUUGAAACUUUACGAUGAUCCGUGGAAGAUAAAGAAGACGCUAACCGACAGCGAUCUGGGAAUAUUGAGCAGACUCUUGUUGGCUGCAGAUUUAGUGAAGAAACAGAUUUUGCCUAUGUUGGAUGUUGAUGAUGCAAGAGCUGCAGAGACUGAGGAAGGUUCUCCAGUUAAUGUUUGGGACAUGGAAACUAAAUCCAUGCAUCAACUUGUUCUAAAGAGAUGGUCUUCAUCAAAGAGUUAUGUUCUUAUUGGGAAAUGGAAUCAAGAUUUUGUGAGAAGGAGAGAGCUUAAGAAAGGAGAUGAGAUUGGAUUCCAAUGGGAUCCUUUUAACCGAGCUUUUAACUUUUGUGUUCUCAAACGAACUAUGUUACCAUCAUAAUCACUAGGAGGUUUACUCUGUGAAAAUAUAUUUUAUUUGAUUUAAUUGCAGUUUUGGUCCAUCUA